UCCGAGAGCUGUGGUUCAUCGUGGUGAUGGCAGCCGUCGCCCUGCUGCUGCUCGCCAUCGUGCUGGGGGUCACGCUCCAUAAGGCCCUGAACAAGCCCCCCUUCACCAGAGAGAGACCCCCGCUGGUGUCCCUGCCCCUUCAGAAGAGGAGGAACCCCAUAGCUGUUUAUCCUGCCAGCAACUCUGUUUUUUUUGACGCUGUGCCUGACACAGCAGGCUUCUCCAACAGUGUAACACUGAAAGGCUUCACCAUGAAGUUAGAGGAAGUGCUGGAGGUUAAAUGUGAGCCCAUGGAUGAGGAGGCACCUCAGGGUGAGCUGGGGAUCCUCAGCGUGAACUCCCUGAGGCGCAGCGUCAGCCAGGUGAUGGACGGGAAGUCCCUCACAGGGGACGACGACACGUGGGACCCAAACAUAUCCGGCCAUGACAGUGGGAUGUUCAUGGACGAUGAGGAAUUUGUUGACACUGUCAAAGGUUUCAGCACGGUGAGGAAGGAGCACACCAUGUUCACUGACACCAACCUGUGACCCGGGCUGACCUUUGACCCCUGACAGGACACAACCAGUCAAAGUGUCACUGUGCCUGCUAGAUAGCUGUAAACGGUUCAGAAUCCGGUUCAGACACAGUUCGAGGUGGAGUUCCUUUUUUCCGGAAAUGAGAAAUGCAGAUAAAAAAGACUCAUGACAAAUCACUGGAGUAACUGUGGCAACUGGGAGGAGAAAGGAAGCGAGGAUGAGACAGUCCUGAUAUUUUAGAGCAAAGCUGGUCGAGAGGAAGCAGCUGCUUUUGCUUAGGAUAUAAACUGUGAGCACACAUUAGGAAAUAGAAAAAGCAAAGAUACUGUAUAUAGACGCAGAAGGACAUUCUGUUUAAUCUAUUUCAGAUUGUUUGGAGGGGGACGUACUUAUUUUACAGACACAUUCAUUUGCAAAAAGCUCUAUUUUUUGGUUAGUGAAAAAGCAAAACAUGUCUGUGAACCAGAGGAAACUUUAAUUAAUCAAAAUUAUUUAUUAUAAUUAUUUUUGAUUAAAACAACUGUAACUGGGUUCAUGUCACCAUUGUCACUGUAUCAGCUGAUAUUAAGCAUUCCUUUAUAGGAUGAGAAAAUGUUCCCUGAGAUAAUUUAUAAAGGAAUAAUAAGAUAAUCAUUUUACACAAACACACAGUAAGCUGAAACCACAGUGUUCACAUAUUCAUUUAUUUUCAAUUGAGUUGCAAUGCAAUGUGGGCACAAAACACUUGUACCAUUACAGUCAAUAAUAUGGUAACAAAACUGAACAUUUACAUAAUAAAUUAAUAUACUGCAGUACCACAUGAGACGGUAAACAUAAAACCUCCAAUCGGGGAAUUAUAUUGCAUUAAAACAAAAAGGAUAUGGUUUAAUGUACAAAAAUGUUUAGGCAUUUACAAAGGCAGCCUUUUUCCGUUUGCUUGUUCUGUCGUGCAUGUAUAAAUAUAGAUCUCUAAAUUGUAGUUACACUGAUAUGUCCGCUAACAGAUUUAUGGCCUGAGAUGGGAUCCAGAGCCUCCAGUGACUUUCCGUUUCGUUAUAAAAUGAAAGGUUAUUUAAGCUUUUUAAAAGACAAGGAUCAACAAUUUUUUGUAUAAAUGCCCUUUUUCGAUAUCUUCUAAAUAGUUUGAAUUAAUGCUUUAUGCAUUCAAUUUUUGACAUGCACUUGUCCCUUUAGUGUGAUCGUUAUACCUCUGUAAACAAAUUAACCAUUCUUAGAAAUGUGUGUGCAGCAGUAAAGUGCUUGUAGCACAUGCUAGGGUAAAAAUGUGUACAAAGCUGGGAACAGCAGAAACAACAGUCACAUAUAAAUAGUUAAAUAUAGCACUGCAAGCUUUUGUUUUCUUUUACAAAAGAUAAAAAUGGACCCCUCGAAUUUCAGCAACCGGUUGUGCACUCUUCCCAAAUGUUUGCUAACUUUAUCACACCCCUUCGUCAUCUUCCUACACCAUUUUCACCUGGAAGCAUGCAUGAGAAACAUGCUUAAGAAUGUUUAAACCAGUGAAGUAAAUUCCUUUUUUCAUAACAGUUUCACCUUUUCCUACAAAGUUUAGAUGCGUUAUCGUCGCUAAACUGCUACACCAAGUGGAUGCUACUGAGCCGCUUAAAUGCUAGCUACACCUACCACUACUACUAAUAUCAUUACUAAGCUUAUUCUAGGACUAAAUUAAGUGACAAAUCACGACAUUAUCAACAUCUGUAAUGUUAACCUGGUUUAGUCAAGAUAAUUAACUCCACUGGCUCAUCCAGGUAUCAUUUGUAGAUAGAAGUGCAGCAGAGUCUAGCUAAUAUACCUGUUGCCAAAACAUUACAAAGACUCAGGAAUGUUAGUACCUUUCAGAGGAAGAUUUUAAACUAGUAACACUGAUGAUCGUACCUGAGAGCUAGACUGGACCUGAUGUUGACGCUGGGUGGUGCACCGGUAGUAGCUGGUUAUCUGAACGUUAGCGUAGCGACACAUACGCUGUGCUAGUUGGCGGUACAAGGUUUUAAAGGGGCGCUCCAGUGAUUAAGUAUGGCACUUUUCUAAUGAUGGUAGACUUGCAAUAGACACAAAAAUAAGAG